UCACUCCCUCUACAGCAAUCUCGGGAAAUUGGAGACUGACGCGGCUGCUCCUGCAUGUUAUUUAUUUUUCCUCUUUCCCUCCUGUGGAGACCCUCCUAUUGGAAAGAGAGCUGCAGCACGGGACGGAGACAGGCAGGAAGAAGCAGAGAGGACUCGGUGACGCCCCCACCGAGCAGCCCCUGGCCCACUCCUCCAGCAGGGGCCAUGAGCACCAAGCAGGAAGCCAGGAGAGAUGAGGCAGAAGCCAGGACGAGAGGGCAGGAGGCACAGCUUCAAGACCAAGCCCACCUGAGCCAGCAGCGCCGGCUCAAACAGGCCACCCAGUUCCUGCACAAGGACUCGGCCGACCUGCUCCCGCUGGACAGCCUCAAGAGGCUCGGCACCUCCAAGGACUUGCAGCCGCGCAGUGUGAUCCAAAGACGCCUCGUGGAGGGAAACCCGAACUGGCUUCAGGGGGAGCCUCCCCGGAUGCAGGCCCUGAUUCAUGGCCAGGAGAGCAGGAGGAAGACCAGCAAGACAGAGAUUCCAGCUCUUCUGGUCAACUGCAAGUGCCAGGACCAGCUGCUUAGAGUGGCCGUUGACACAGGCACCCAAUACAAUCGGAUCUCUGCUGGAUGUCUCAGCCGCCUGGGGUUAGAGAAAAGGGUCCUAAAAGCCUCAGCUGGGGACCUGGCCCCUGGGCCCCCAACCCAGGUGGAGCAGUUGGAGCUACAGCUGGGGCAGGAGACUGUGGUGUGCUCGGCACAGGUGGUGGAUGCUGAGAGUCCUGAAUUCUGCCUGGGCCUGCAGACUCUGCUUUCUCUCAAGUGCUGCAUCGACCUGGAGCACGGAGUGCUGCGGCUGAAAGCCCCGUUCUCAGAGUUACCCUUCCUGCCUUUGUACCAAGAGCCUGGCCAGUGACUGCUGUCUCAGUCAGUCCCCAGAGGGAAAGACCUUGCCUUAGAAGAAGAGGCGUGUGGGGAACGGGGGCUCUUGAAGCCAGGUAGCUGGGGACUACGGUGUCUGCCCUUCCAAUCACCUCCCCGACCCCUGCUGUCCCAUUUUCCCCAGCUGGCCGCAUUCCUCUCUGCUUCUCAGCAGCUGUCCUACUCCCCAGGACGAGUUUUCACUAGAGGGCCCACGAUGCCAGGAUUCUGAUUCGUCUUCCUCCCAAGAAAAGCAAAGCCAAAUCAGGACCACAGACAGGAACCUAAGCACAAUGGGGUGCCUGCUUGGGCUGGGUCGAAGGCUCUGCUGACUGCUGUCCUUGUCCAUCACCCAAUACCACCCCAAACACAACUCAACUUCCCAUACCACCAUGUCUCUCACCACACCUUCUGGGGCUCAUUGUCUCCCACAACUAGACCGCCAUGCCUCACCAACCUAUGUCCCUGGACCUCCUGGUGUCUGCCUCUCGGAGUCUGUGCACAUCUGCUCACAGUUGAGUGGGGAAAGAAACAGCCAAAAUUCAAUACAACAAAGAGCGGGAGUUAGUAUAGGAAUGUCCAUCUCAUAAGGCUGAGAGCUGUUUUUUCCUGUGGCUGCAAACGUCUGAAGCCAGUUAUUGUGUGAUUACCCUGUGCAAAACCUUGGACAUACUUCUGCUAUUAAUGCUAUAGGUAUUUAUCCGUUUCCACUGGCUUUUUGUACCCACCGAGCCCCUGAGCCUUGUGUGUGUGUGUGUGGAAGAGCCUUGUAGAGAACUGCUCCUGUGAGGCAGACAGGACAGUGAAGUUGUCACCACUCAGACUUCACCUACUCAGCAUUCUUUCUGAUUUCUAGAACUAUCCACCUCAUUAGGCCUUCUUCCUAUCCCCAUCUCUGGUCUCUUGAGCUUAAGCUUGCGUUGUCCUGGAAUCAGUGGCUUUCUAACCCCCUGCCAGCCUUUGCCAAAGCAAAAAGACAGAGGCUUUUUUUUUUUUUUUAAAGUUUGGGGUCUGUCAGGAGACAGAGGCUUUUUUGAAUUCACUGUGAAGAGAAGAACCCGAACCUUAAGACGCCAGAC